AUGGCAGCGGUUUCCGAGCUCGGUCUAGUUUCGCAGCAGCUCCAGCGUGGAGGCAAUGGCUACGAAAAGUACCCGGGCAAGGAGUUCAAGCAUGACCUCGGUCUCCUACUAUUCAGCUGCAUCGGCACGCUGUUGUACUUGAUCGGGCACUUCUACACGAGCAUGGGCUUCAUCAUGUUCUUCACCUUCGUGUUCGCCGUUUUCUGGGGCACGGGUGCGGGUGUGAUGUUCGCCGUCACCCCCUUCCGGGGCACGAACUGUGACGCGGAUCCGAGCACGUUCCCUCCUGCAUGGCAAAACUACGUUAGCCAGUGCGAGAUCGUGGUCUCCAUCCAGGGUGUUGCUUGGGCGCUUUGGGGCCUUAUGGUGUUGAUGCUCGCGGGCAUGAUCUUCCACGCAUGCGAAAUUCGCCCGCGCAAGAACGUUUCGUUCUACGGCGCUUAA